AUGAGUUCAACACCUGAUCAGAAAAUUAAGUCUCCUGUUAAGCCAUAUCAGCCUCCACUGCCAUAUCCAGAUCGAGCUAGACAAGAAAAGAAUGAAGAAGAAUACCAGAAGUUUCUAGAACACAUAAAGGCUCUUCAAAUCAAUAUACCAUUCAUAGAAGCGGUUGCACAAAUGCCAAAAUAUGCCAAAUUUCUCAAGGAGCUUAUAACUAAUAGAAAGAAUAUGGAAGAAGUGAAGAAAGUGGUUCUAAAUGAGAAUUGUUCAGCUGCCAUGUUGAAGAAACUACCGAAGAAGAAGGGUGAUCCGGGAAGCGUAACCUUACCUUGUCAAUUCGGAAAUCUAGCUACCAUCUAUGCAUUGGCUGAUUCAGGGGCGAGUGUAAAUCUCAUGCCAUACUCAUUUUUCAAGAAAUUAGAUCUCCUGGAGCCGAGGCCAAUUCGAAUGGCAGUUCACCUAGCAAAUAAAACGGUUACAUUCCCAAGGGGAAUAUGCGAAGAUCUAUUGGUGAAGGUUGAUAAGUUCGUAUUUCCUAAGAACUUUAUAGUUUUAGACAUGAAAGUGGAUCCUCGAGUCCCGAUCAUUCUUGGAAGACCUUUCCUUAACACCGCAAGCACUAUAGUUGACAUGCAAGAUUCCAAACUUACUCUACGGGUGGGGGAUGAAUGA